AUGCGUCUCCAGACAGGCGCCUCUGCUGUGGCCUUCGCAGCGGCCGCCAGCGCUACCUCCCUUAGUGAUGUGUGCACCCUUUCCAAUGUGAAGUCUGCUUUGCCUUCCAACGGCACUAUCCUGGGUAUCGAUGUGGUUCCUUCGUUGUCUACCGCCAAUACUGCUACUAGCCAGUCCUACAGCUACUGCAAUGUCACUCUGACCUACACUCACCCCGGCAAGGGUGACACUGUUGUCGUCAAGUACGCUCUCCCCGAGCCCUCUGAAUACAAGAAGCGUUUCUACGUCGCUGGAGGUGGUGGUUACUCCCUGAACAGUGACUCCACUGGCGGUCUCCAGUAUGGUGCUGUCGGAGGUGCUUCCUCUGCCGGCUACGGUGCCUUGGAUGGUACCUCCUACGACGACGUUGUCCUUUACGGAAACGGCUCUAUCAACUGGGACGCCACCUACAUGUUCGGCUACCAAGCCCUCGGGGAGAUGACCAAGCUCGGCAAGUACUUCACCAAGGGCUUCUACGGCCAGUCUAGCAGCUCCAAGCUCUACACUUACUAUGAGGGUUGCUCCGACGGCGGUCGUGAAGGUAUGAGCCAGAUUCAGCGCUACGGUGACGAGUACGACGGUGCUAUCACUGGUGCCCCUGCCUUCCGCUACGGCCAGCAGCAGGUCAAUCACGUCUUCUCCAACGCUGUCGAGCACACCCUCGGCUAUUACCCUCCCCCUUGCGCUCUUGCUAAGAUCGUCAACGCCACCAUCGCCGCCUGCGACCCUCUAGACGGCCGUACCGACGGUGUCAUCGCCCGCAGCGACCUCUGCCAACUGAACUUCAACAUCUCAUCCAUAAUCGGAGAGAAAUACUACUGCGCAGCUGAAACAUCCACGUCCCUCGGCUUCGGCUUCAGCAAGCGCGCAGAAGGCAGCACAACCUCCACCACCCCCGCCCAAAACGGAACAGUCAAUGCCAAAGACGUCGCAGUUGCCCAGGGAAUCCUCAACGGUCUCCACAACAGCAACGGCGAACGCGCCUAUGUGUCCUAUCAAAUCGGGGCCGAUUACACCGACGCCCAAACGGAAUGGAACAACAACACCAAGACCUGGGAACUAGACAUCGCCUCUACCGGAGGCGAAUUCGUCGCCAAAUUUGUCCAGCUCCUUAACAUCGAUAACCUCUCCUCUUUCGAAGGCGUUACCUACGACACCCUCGUCGAAUGGAUGAACACCGCAAUGGUCCGCUACAUGGAUUCCCUCCAAACCACCAUUCCGGAUCUCACUACGUUCCAAAAGUCUGGCGGCAAACUUAUCCACUAUCACGGCGAACAGGAUCCUAGCAUCCCCACCGCUUCCUCGGUGCACUACUGGCAAUCUGUUAUGAGCGUCAUGUACCCUGGCCCCAUGAGCUCGAAGACUCUUGCCAAGCUCCAGGAUUGGUAUCAGCUCUACAUGAUUCCUGGUGCGGCGCACUGUGGAACAAACAGCCUCCAGCCUGGUCCUUACCCUGAAGAUAACAUGGAGAUCAUGAUCAACUGGGUUGAGAAUGGAGUGAAGCCUUCGCGGUUGAACGCCACUGUUUCCUCUGGCGAAUAUGCGGGCGAGACUCAGCUGUUGUGUCAGUUCCCGUCGCGGCCCUUGUGGAAGAAUAAUUCUACUUUUGAUUGUGUUUUUGAUAAGGCCUCUUAUGAGAGUUGGACUUAUGAGUUCCCUGCUUUCAAGGUUCCUGUUUACUAG